UGGUGGGUUUACUUUCAUUGUGUACGUCUGCGUUUUAAAUCAGAAAUAUCUCACAUCUCUGUCGUGACGCCAGCCAUCCGUCUUUUUUUCGUUUAAAAAAAUGUUAUACAGAACCAGUGGUUUUCUAAACCAUAAGGCAGGAGAAAUUCAAAUAAAUGGGGAAAACGGGAAAGGCUGAGUCCUUUGCCGACAUACACUUAGAACACAUAUGUUAGCUAAAUCCACAAUUUAAACACGGUACGAUUUCUACCAAAGGCAACAAGUGCUACCCUGUAGAAAUUUAUUUCUUUAGAUGUAUUUUAAUGUCGGUUAAAAGCCAUAUUUAAUUGUACAAAAGCAAAUGGUUGGUUGUAUGAUUCGUGAGAGAUAUAAUUUUCAUCACUCCGGUUGUUAGAAGUCAACGCUCGACAUGCGAUGUGUUCCCACUACGCCUGCGCGAAACUACAAUCAGCCGUCACUUUGAAGAUAUUUAAUCACACGCCUGAAUAAAAUAAGGCUCUGUUACCAUAGAUUAAAUAUAUCGAUGUAAUGUACAACACUAAAUUAAUUUAGUGUAUGUAACGCUUUGCAUAGUGUUAAGGUACUAAACGUUAGUGAGCUGAUAAACAAAGGAGGCAAUGGGAUGCUCCUUCACUCCCAGAAGCCUCCUUUUCACGACCCCUUUCCCCUGUCUGCUGCCGUCACGAGACUCCGCCCCUCCCAUUCCAUGACGUUGCAUUCCAGUUGUCGUGGAGUGAUGUUGAUACGCGGAUGUGGAUUCACUGCGAAAUUUUCACUGGUUUUCACUUGACCAACGUCGCUAACCGACAGAAAUGGACAUGUACGGAUUGGCUCCCAUGCGGCUGUACACCUUAUCUAAAAGACAUUUUGUGCUAGUCUUCGUGGUCUUCCUGAUGUGCUUCGGCCUCACAGUCUUCAUAGGAAUAACAGGUCCAAGGAUUAUUGCUGAGCAGGAGCACAAUGGUGACCAGUUCCUUGCAAAAAACGUUUCUGUUAAGACUGGGCCCUUUCAUCUAGUUUCUUCUCCCCUGACCACCUACAAUCAGCAGCUGUGGCUCACAUGUGUGAUGCAGGCUGAAAACAGCAAAAUGAGAGAUUUCAAGCAGCCCUUUGAGAUCAACGUUGAGUUGAAGGGAGUGAUGCAGGAUGCCAGCGUGAUGCACAUCAACAACGGGCGCAUUAAGUCACGGAUGCUGCACUGCGCGGCUGCUAAUUGCGAUGAGAUCAUUGUACUGCAUCUGGGCUACCUGAACUACACCCAGUACCAGGUUAUGGUGAGCUUCAAAGGCCUUGAAAAUAUCACAUAUGACAUCAAGGUUAAGUUUGUGUGGAAAACAUAUAAUUCCACCUUCUCACAAGUGGAAAUUUGGUUCCGGUUUGUCUUUGUGGUAUUGACCUUCAUGGUGACCUGUAUGUUUGCUCACUCACUGAGGAAAUUUUCCAUGAGAGACUGGGGGAUAGAGCAGAAGUGGAUGUCUAUUCUUCUCCCUUUGUUGCUGCUCUACAAUGAUCCUUUCUUCCCGCUGUCAUUCCUGGUGAACAGCUGGUUUCCAGGGACCUUGGACACCUUCUUUCAGGCACUGUUCCUGUGUGCUCUGCUGCUCUUCUGGCUUUGUGUUUAUCACGGCAUCAGAGUCCAGGGUGAGAGGAAAUUUCUGACUUUCUACCUGCCUAAGCUGGUUAUCGUCGGUCUUCUGUGGCUGUCAGCAGUUACUCUGGGCAUAUGGCAAACGGUUAAUGAACUCCAAGAUCCCACCUAUCAGUACAAAGUGGAUAUAGCGAACUUUCAGGGUAUGAAAGUCUUCUUCCUGAUUGUCGUCGCCCUCUACAUCUUAUACUUGAUAUUCCUGAUUGUCAGAGCUUGUUCUGAACUUAAGAACAUGCCUUACUCAGAUCUCCGGCUCAAGUUUCUGACAGCACUGACGUUUGUGGUUCUUAUUAUAAGCAUGGCUAUUCUCUACCUGAGGUUUGGUGCUAAGGCUCUUCAAGACAACUUUGUUGCUGAAUUGUCCACCCAUUACCAGAACUCAGCUGAAUUUUUGUCCUUCUAUGGCCUGCUCAACUUUUACUUGUACACAUUAGCAUUUGUGUAUUCUCCUUCGAAAAAUGCACUUUAUGACUCCCAGUUGAAGGAUAAUCCAGCUUUCUCCAUGCUAAAUGACUCAGACGACGAAGUGAUAUACGGGAGUGAUUAUGAAGACAUGCCUUUACAAAACGGGCGUGCGAUCAAAGCAACUGCCAAGUACCAGGAUGAGAGUGACAGUGACUGAGGUAUCUCUGACUGUGUCCACGUUGGAAACUCUUGUGCACAUGUACAAAAAGGAUGCACAUGAAUUUAUGUACUCCAAAGUGUACAUAAUUAUAUUUUUAAAACGGUUCAUGUCUACUGAAUGUACUGCUUUUGGAUGGUGAGGUAUGAUGUAGCCACUCAGACUUUUUUUCUUAAUUGAAAAUAAGGGAAACAAACACUUUGUUUUAAUCUAUAAACCCCCUACCCUCACCUACCCAUUGCCAGCCUUUUUUCUCAACUUGAUGAUUAAAAUUAUCAG